AUGGCGGCCACAGUCGGCCCCCCAGUCAAAGAGAAAGGGAUAGCGCCGCUGGGUGUUGUCUCAUCCUUCCGUGGUGAUCCUGCCCUUCGCCUUUCUCGCCAUGAUAUCGACUGUUUAGCUGCACCUUUCCACAAUGCACUGGUGGGUCGGUUCAGCACUGGCAGGGCUCCCAUGGAGGUCAUACGUAAGUUCGUUAUGACAUUGGGUCUCAAUGGAAGUUGCUCGGUGGGUCUCCUGGACGAGAAACAUGUUCUGAUUCGGCCCAUGGUGGAAGAUGAUUACACUCGUCUCUUCGCUCGCAGGGUAUGGUUUAUACAUUACUCGCCAAUGUCGAUAUUGAAGUGGAGCAUGGACUUCAGGGCAGAUCACGAGGUGGCCAUUGCUCCCAUUUGGGUAAGCUUUCCAGGCCUGCCCAUACCGUUCUUCCAGAGGAGGCAGUUGAUGCAGUUAGCCUCGAUCUUGGGGCGCCCUCUCAAGAUGGAUGCUGCUACCAGCGACCUCCGUCACCCCUCUGUCGCACGAGUGCUGGUGGAGGUGGAUGUCGCACUGCCCCUGGUUAAGCGAGUAUGGAUAGGGGACGAGGAUUAUGGGUUCUGGCAGCCGGUGGACUUUGAAGAUAUCCCCCCAUAUUGUUCUUUUUGCCCCAAAUUCGGCCAUCAACAGGAGAAGUGCUAUCGGAGAGACCCUUCCCUUCGUCCCGUGAAGGUGGGACAGGCAUCCCAGAAGAGUCGAUAG